AUAUUGCUGACUAUCACAAUUGCGAUAUUCAUGGAUACUGUUGGUCUUUCAAUGUCGUGGUUCUCCCAGCAAUGGAUGACUUUCGGUUUGUACUUCUGUCCGAUGUUCUUUAUGAUGGGCUUGCUGCCGGCGGUCUACUUGAGUCGCACAAAGGAGCAUGGCUUACCGCUGGGCUAUGCUAUUCAGCUGAUUAUGCACGCGCACUGCUUGAUUUUGACUAUGGUUUGCAUAAUACUGAUCUCACUUAAUAUACGCUCGGCAUUUGCGUUGAUGCUUUGCAUUGGUUUCUACGUACUAUCGGUGAUCUUGAAUAUGGCCACAUGCUUCCAAAAGACUACGUUCCUCUGGCUAAUACCGCACAUCAUCUGCCAGCUGAUGCCUUUCCUCUUCUACAGCUACUGCUGCUAUGCUUUCUUUGUUANCUUUAUCGGUGGCUUUACAGUGCUACUCUGUCUGCUGUUGGCACCCUUUUUGGUUCCACUUUUGUGCCUCUUCCGCAAGUCGAAGACCAUUAUUUCCAUCUUCGGCGUCAUUUGCUUGGUAUUCAUCAUACUAGCUGCCACACCGGUUGGCUUUCCAUAUGCCGAACGUGAAGCGCCACAGCGUUUCUAUGUUGCGCACACAACACGCACCUUCCACAACGGCGAUGCUGCGAUGUCGGUUCGCUUCAACGAUUCUGGCUACUACGUUGUGCCGGUCGAUCGUCGUCCGCAUUCAAUAGACUACUUGUUUGAGAACAUAAAUGCGAGCAAAUCUAGUCAACUGGGUAUUGACUGCGAUACAGAGGUGAUGUGUGGCUAUCCGAUUUACAGUACGCGCUGGUUGGGCUAUCGUGAUCAAAGCUUUUGGGUCGAUGGUCCUGCACCCAAGGCUGGCAGCUGGCCGCGUUUGAGAAUUCUGAGCAAAGAACGCAUCUCAUUUACGAAUCUGAUUAUUAGCCUGGAGGUGGCCGGUCCGGAUCACAUGAGUGUUUUCAUACAACCCAUGAAUGAUACAAAACUGGUGGACUGGUCAUUUGAUCGUACGCCAAUUCAGGAGAACUUUAAGACGCCAUACUUUAUAUAUCUGUCAUAUGCUUUGGAUCCGGCGCCAUUUCGGUUUCAUUUGGAAUUCGAGCAUGACAGCGCCGAUUGGUCGGGAGCUACAUUUGACGUUGCCGUUAUUGGUCAUAAGGUACACGACGAUAUCUCACACACAGACGAUUUUCGCGAUUUCGUAGCGGAGUUUCCUGCCUGGGCGACAGUGAGUGCUUGGACCAGCUCUUACGAGACCUGGCGAAUAUAAGCAAUGGGCGUUGCGGUAACUAAGGGCGACAAUGGCGUUGAUUACACUGUCGAUAAUGAUGAUUAUGUUGUUGAUGACGGAAUCAGAACCCGAAACUAUUACUCAUUACGGAUGCCAUAGCUUUAAUACAAUUAUUAUUAAGAAUUUUUGAAUAUUCUGUAAAUUUUAGGGAAAUGUAAACCAACGAACAAAGUGCUUGAAACUUUCUGCUGAAUCAAUUUUAAUCAGAGCAAAAGGACAAUGCCAUGCUAUUUAUUUAUGUAAAUUAAAAAUAUUUGUAAGAUUAUUUGUUGUAUUUUUUUUUAUAUUUAGUAAAAAAAAAAUAUUUAUUAUUGGAUAUAUCUACUUAUUAGCUUUUA